AUUCCGGUAGGUCACGUGACCCAGGAAUUUUUUGGGAAAAAUUUUUAAAAAAAUCACCCAAAAAUGUUCAGACCUAUUUCGCGUAACACCUACUCCUCUCCUCCUCUGCUCCCCACAGCGCCGCCCAGGCUGCCCACUUGCCCAGCCCUCAGCCGUCACCGUCACCGGUACUUAGGUCCACCAAUGUGACCGGCUCACAGGUCCACCACCGUCACCAGCUCUGCGUCUCAGCUCACCGCGCGCCCAGCCGCCCACUACGACGUAGUCUACCGUCUACAAGAAGCUGAACUGCCGUCUGCUGAAGCUCCGCCGGACCGCCCCUCACCAUUCACCAUUCUUCAAGGACUCAAGAUUAGUUCAUAUAAACCCUCAUCAUUGUUCUUGUUAUGGAGGGAAUUUUGAAGAAAUAUCAACAGAAAUUCAGGAAAGUACGAGAAGAAAUGGAUCGUUGGGAAGACCUCCAGUCCCGCUUAAUGUCCCAAUUCUCGAAUGCUUCUUCCAUCAUUGGAAGACUUCAGAUGAUUGGAGAUAAGAAGAAUUAUGGUAGUUUGAAGGGUGUUAAUGGGGUUGAAGAUGCAGUUUUGCAGAAGCAAAUGGAGUCUUUGGAGACAAUUUUGCUUUCAAUUAAGAAGACUGUGGAAGAUUUCCACAGUAUUGUACUGUCAUUAGAAAAGAUGGUCCGUGACAGUAAGCAGCUUGUUCAAGGAGGAUCUCAUCAGCGUUCCACUAAACAACUGCAGCAGAGAGUGGGGUUGAAACCAAGUCUUUCAGAUUGCUUAGAUGGGCUUGCUAUUCUGCUGGAGAUGCACAACUCUGAGUACCUUCUGAAAUCAUCAGUUGUUUCUGCACUCUUGAAUAUUGCUUUAAAGCCCAGUUCCAAAGACCUGGGAGCGUUGCGCCAGCUUUUGUUCGAUCAGCCCAAUAUCCCUAGAGACGAAGUGCAGUUCAUUUAUGACAUAAUUUUCGCCGAAGACAUUUGUUAAAAUGGACAUCAGUCACUGGUAAUUUGAAGCUGGAAUUAAAGUGCAGUUCAACAUGAGUGAUUCUACUUCAGUCAUCUGAGGCUGGAGUUCAGUACACCUGCCUCCUUGGCAUGGUUGGCGGGUUUAUGACACGCAGUACUCCCUCGCUGAAGCACAUCUAAUUACAAGGCAUGUCAGUAUCACAUAUAGCCCGCAAUUUUCCUGUGCAGAUCAGCAAAUGAUAGAAAAGAUGAUUCUGAAUCCCUCAAGUGUCGCUCGUGACUGCCUGGUGUUGCUGAUUUUUCUUGGGAAAAUCCCUGAAGAACAGAAAACUUGAUUUGUAUGCAAUUAAUUAUGUUCAUUUCAUUGAUUAAUUUACCAGAAAACUUUUGUCUAAAUUUCCAUUCUUCAUUUGAAACAAGUACAAAGAAAUCAAGUGAAAUACAAUGAACAAGAAUAAGCUUUAUACAUUGCAGGGUAUACUUCAGCUACAAUGAUUAAGCAAACAUCAGCCAGAAAUCAUUCACAAUAACAUCCUCAUUCUUUCUGAGUUUCUUCAGCAUCACAGAUUCACAGCGAUCCUUGCCUCCGGUCCAAGAUUGAGGAGCAUGACUAUUCAACAUAGUCUGAACUCUGAAGUUCCGAAUCACGGGAAUCACCACGAUUCUCUGCCAUAAACGGUCUGAAAAAAGGCGUUGCCAUCCUCCCCUUCAAAUGGGUCCGUUUUGCGUCUCCUCUCAGUUGGACAAAGAGCAGAGAUUGCGGAUAUGGUCAUGAAACCCAUGCUUAUCAUGAAUAUUGUUCCGGAAGCUAACAAAAUGAUUGAAACCAUUUUUAAUGUGGUGAAAAGUUCUUUUGAGUUGAUAUUGUAAGUUGUAAGUCUGAAACUUUUUUGCUAAUAUACUCAAUGUUUUCAUCUUCA